CAAGAAACGAGAGAAACAGAGAGACAGAGAGAGAAAGAGAGAGAGAGAGCGGAGGACGCGUGUUCCGUGGAAGAGGCGCAUGCCUCUCUCUUCCUCUCGUCUCCCCUUCUCUUUUCCCACUUCAUUUCUCUGAUCGUGUUUGAUGUUUCUUCUUCCGUCGCCGGCUUCUUCUCCUCCCCUUCAUGUUCUCAGAGCCAAAACAGCGACAAAGUACGGAUAAGGUAUUGCAAGGAGACGAAGAUUCUGGUAUAGUGAAGGAGCCAUGAAAGGUGGUGGCGGCAGCAAACACAAGGAUGCCUGGAGUAAUGGCAAUAGCAAGCCUUCUGUGUCCCUUCUUUCUUCCAGGGAUGCCAAGCCAUCGUCAUCCUCCUCCUCCAUCCCAAGGCUGAUGAUCUUUCUCGUCCUCUCCAUUAUCGUGAUCUACCUCGUCUACCCUCUCCACGUCUUGCUCUCCAGCCCCCCUUGCCCCACCUCCUCCACCACCACCGACUCCCUCAUCCACCUCUCCUCCCCCAAUCAAACCAAGAGAGACGCUAGCAGACUCGAUACCAUCGCCAAAUCGCCCCCGCCUCCUUCUCCUCCGCCUCCACGGCCCACCUCUGCGGCUGUUCUGACGGAGACGGCAACUGGGCUGCAGCACAUCGUGUUCGGUAUCGCGGCGUCCGCCAAGCUGUGGGAGCGCCGCAAGGAAUACAUCAGGCUCUGGUGGCGGCCCCGGCAGAUGCGUGGCUUCGUUUGGCUCGACAAGCCCGUCAAGGAAUUCAACUCGUCCUACACCCGCGACCUACCGCCCCUAAAGAUAUCCGGCGACACGUCCCGGUUCCCUUACGCCCACAGGCGCGGCGACCGCUCCGCCAUCCGCAUCUCCCGCAUCGUCUCCGAGACUUUCCGCCUCCGUCUCCCUGGCGUCCGGUGGUUCGUCAUGGGCGACGACGACACUGUUUUUAUCGCUGACAACCUCGCCCGCUUCCUCUCCCGCUUCGACCAUCGCCAGCCCUACUACAUCGGGUCUCCUUCCGAGUCCCACCUACAGAACAUCUACUUCUCCUACGGCAUGGCCUACGGCGGCGGCGGGUUCGCCAUCAGCGCCCCCCUCGCCGCCGCCCUCUCCCGUGUCCAGGACCGCUGCCUUCGCCGCUAUCCGGCCCUCUACGGCAGCGAUGACCGCAUCCAAGCCUGCAUGGCCGAGCUCGGCGUGCCCCUCACCCGACACCCGGGGUUCCACCAGUACGACGUCUACGGCGACCUGCUCGGCCUUCUCACCGCCCAUCCCGUGGCUCCGCUCCUCUCCUUCCACCACCUCGACGUCGUCCAGCCCAUCUUCCCACGCGUCCGCUCCCGCGCCGCCGCCCUCCGCCGGCUCUUUGAGGGCCCCGUCCGCCUCGAUCCCGCCGGGGUGAUGCAGCAGUCCAUCUGCUACGAGACCCAGCGGCCGUGGACAGUGUCCGUGGCCUGGGGCUUCGCGGUGCUGGUGGCGCGGGGAGUGACGUCGCCGCGGGAGAUGGAGAUGCCGGCACGGACGUUCCUCAACUGGUACCGCCGCGCCGACUACACGGCCUACGCCUUCAACACACGCCCCGUGGCGCGCCACCCGUGCCAACGGCCCUUCGUUUACUACCUCUCGGCCACCCGAUACGACGCCGCCCGACGGACUACCGUCACGGUGUACGAGCGCCAUCGCGACUCGCGCCCGACGUGCCGGUGGCGGAUGCCCGACCCCGGCGCGCUCGUGGACAGCAUCCUCGUCUAUAAGAAGCCCGACCCGGGCCUCUGGGACCGAUCUCCAAGGAGGAACUGCUGCAGGGUGAAGGCCUCGCCCAAGGAGGGGAAGAGGGGAGACAGGACGAUGGCAAUCGAGGUUGGGGUGUGCCAAGAAGGCGAGGUCACUGAGAUCUUGGAUUCCUAGCUCUGUCCCUGUCGCUUCCAUUCUGCCUCUGUAGCAGAGGUCACGACGUCUUCUGUGUAGCUAUUCUUUAUAAUUUUCUGCAUCCUCUGUUCCUUGUUUGUGUAGGCGUAGUCACAGGCGACGCAAAAGGGAGUCGAUUGGACAAACUCUUUGUUCCGCUCUUUAUGACUGUUCUACAAGAACAUUAUUAACGUUAUCUUUGUUCAAGGAAUAGCUCCAAGGAGUCAUCUUCCCCA